GGAGGCUAUUAUCAGGUUAUCCCCUCAACCCUACAACCCAGGAAAGUUAUUUUGUUCAGGUUGAAUUAUAGAAAAAUGAGCGAGGACCAGGCGAAAGCUGAGCAGGAAGAGAAGAAAGCAGUGGAAGAGAAUAAAAGCGGAGAUGAGAAGAAAGCCGACGGUGGAAAGCAGAAAGCGAAACUCAAACAGGCCGCCGCCGAGGAGAUUUUAUCCGGUUUCCACCAACUCCGGGCAGAGCAGCAGAUGCUCAUGAACAAGUUGACAGAAAUCGAAGGCGACCUCAACGAACACAGAGUUGUUUUAGAACAGCUCAAGUUGAUGGAUAAGAGUAGAAAGUGCUUUAGAUUGAUUGGUGGCGUCCUUUGUGAAAAGACUGUCGGCGAUAUCAUCCCAGAACUCACGCAGAACCGUGAUCAGCUUACGACACUGAUGGACGCCAUGAAUAAACAGGUCGUCAAGAAAGGCGAGGAAAUCAACGAGUGGAAGGAAAAGUUCCAGAUCAGGAUCAAAAGCCAUGAGGAAAUCCCUGCACACAUCGCGGAACAAUUCAGCCCUGAAGACAUGCCCCGUUCGGUCAUCAUCGUCGGCGAUUAACCGCGCUGUCGUGCCUGAACUUUGUGUAAAAUCUUGAAAUUAUACCUGUUAUUAUCACGACACUUAUAUUUAUUAUCUUUGACAGUUCGAGGAUAAUAAUUUUUCAUUACGUUUUCAUCGCUUCAUGCAUUGUUUUUUCAACCGAAACGCCAGCAGAUUUUAUAAUUGUUUAAAUAUAUUUAAUUUCUCUA